GGCAGCCCCCACCCUCUCUCCUUCCCUCUCUCUCUCCAGCACACCCUCAUUACCUCCAUUUUUGCUUCUUUAAAACAACCCAUUUGACACCCCCAAGAACUCCAGCCUUGUCAUGGGCGUGGACAUGUCGAAUAAUCCACCGACUUCUCGUACCAAAGACUUCUUUGUCGCUCCAGCACUCUCUCUCAGCCUUGCCGGGAUUUUUCGCGAUGCCGGGGCAGCGGCGGCGGCAAGCAUGGAGGUGGAGGAAGGGGACGAGGGGAGCGGAGGUGGCGGCCACAGAGAAGACACGGCAGAUAUCAGCAGCGAGAACUCCGGCCCCCUCAGAUCAAGAUCCGACGACGAGUUUGACGGCGAAGGAGAUCAGGAUGAUGAAGGCGAUGGGGAUAAGAACAAGAAGAAGAAGAGGAAGAAGUAUCAUAGGCACACAGCUGAGCAAAUCAGAGAAAUGGAAGCUUUAUUCAAAGAGUCACCCCACCCAGAUGAGAAGCAGAGGCAACAUCUAAGCAAGCAAUUAGGCCUUGCUCCUAGGCAAGUCAAGUUUUGGUUUCAAAAUCGUAGAACCCAAAUCAAGGCUAUACAAGAGCGCCAU